UUGCAAUUUGCAUUUGAGUUGAGACGUUUGUUUUGUGGUAUAAAAAAAAUCUCUGUGGGUUGUAAUUAUUUUGCGCAAUAACUUUAGUACGUACUACCUAUUUGUUUUGUUAUGUUACAAAUAUUGUGAAUGAGCAAAAUUUUAUUUUUCCUUAGUUCAUAUAAUCCACAAAAAUGGGGAAACGCCAGCACCAGAAAGAUAAAAUGUACCUUACGUACACCGAAUGGACUACUCUAUACGGUGGAAAGAGAUCGGGUACAGCGGUUGAGGAGGACACAUCGUUUAAGCGAUUGCCUUACGAUCACUGUUGUUUAUCUUUACAACCAUUUGAAGACCCAUAUUGCGACGCUGAUGGGAAUGUGUUCGAAUUGCAGGCUUUACUUGAGUUCGUAAAGAAGUUCAAAGUAAACCCUGUUACUGGGAAGAAAAUAGACAUCAAGAGCAUAAUCAAGCUUAACUUCUUCAAAAAUGCCACAGAAGACUACCACUGCCCAGUUCUAUUCAAACCAUUCACAAAGAACUCUCACAUUGUGGCCAUACAAACUUCUGGUAAUGUGUACUGCUUUGAGGCGGUCGAACAGCUCAACAUCAAAGGGAAGAACUGGAAAGAUCUUAUCAAUGAUACACCAUUCACGAGAACUGAUAUCAUCACUAUACAGGACCCAAAUAAUUUGGGCAAAUUUAAUAUAUCAACAUUUCAUCAUAUUAAAAAUAAUUUGAGAGUUGAAACUGAGGAGGAGAUAGCUUUAAGAAAAGACCCACAUGCAAGACUAAAAUCAGUCAGUGCUGAGACAAAGGAUAUUCUCAAUGAAUUAGAAAGAGAAUACAAAGCACCAGAAGCAAAGGAAGUAAAGAAAGAGGUUGCAGACAAGUUCAAUGCAGCACACUACUCAACAGGCAUGGUUGCAGCCAGCUUCACCUCCACCGCCAUGGUGCCUGAGACGGUGCAUGAAGCUGCUAUUAUAUGUGAAGAUGAAGUCAAAUAUGAAAGGGUAAAAAAGAAAGGUUAUGUCAGACUGGUGACGAACUUGGGUCAGCUAAACUUCGAACUGUAUUGCGAUGUGACGCCAAAAGCCUGCGACAACUUUAUAAAACACUGCCUCAGUGGAUACUAUAAUGGCACAAAAUUCCACAGAUCUAUAAGAAAUUUUAUGAUUCAAGGUGGAGAUCCAACUGGCACAGGUUUAGGAGGUGAAUCAAUAUGGAAGAAGCCAUUUGAAGACGAGAUCCGACCGAACUUGCAUCACACUGGGCGGGGAGUGUUGUCUAUGGCCAAUUCGGGACCCAACUCUAAUGGGUCUCAAUUUUUCAUCACAUUCCGAUCGUGUAAACAAUUGGACGGCAAGCACACAAUAUUCGGCAAACUAGUCGGUGGACUGGACACGUUGGCAGCCAUGGAGCAGAUCGAAGUGGACAACAAGGACAGGCCGAUACAGGACAUUGUGAUGGAGGUCGCUCAAGUGUUUGUUGACCCAUUCGCUGAGGCUGAAGAACAGCUUGUGGCAGAAAGAGCAGAAGAACUAAAAAGGAAAGCCGAAGCCGAAGGACCAGGCGUUAAACCAAAGAAGGCUUCCAAACAACCACUUAAAGUAUUUAGAGAUGGAGUAGGCAAAUACCUUAACUUGCAAGAGUUGACCACACCUAACAAAGCUGCUAAGACUCAAGAAGUCCCAGCUAAGAAAAAGAAAGAUAGCAACUAUAAUUUUGGCAGUUUUGCUUCAUGGUGAGGAAAUGCCAAAGACCUGUCAUGUUACAUGCAAUUUUUUUAACACACAAUAUGUGCGGUAAAAAAAUCCUGCUUUAGUAGUGUCUGUUAAAUGAAAGAUAUGAUGUAAAAUAAAAUCCUCCCAUGAAAAAAAUCAAAUCAUUGUGACUGGAGUGAAGUACUAUAACUUCAAAACAGAAAUAGAAAGAAUAUCUACAUUCUACAUAGAUCCUUGCAAAUGUUCUAUGUAGAUGUUAUAUUUACAUGAAUGUUAAGACAUUGUAUAAAUCAAUAAAACUCAUAGUAAGA